UACAUGGAAACUGCCACGACCAGAAGGAAAGAAAUGGGAGAGAUCGUCAGAUGGACAAUUAACCACAAAAGAUAGUAGGAUUUUGGGUACUCCUCUUCAGAAUGUAACUGUGGGGGAAAAUACUGCAAUGGGUGAUGAAAAUGUGGUGAGCACGGACAACAAUGCUCACAACUUGCGCCCCUCCAGAGUGAUCAUCGUUGGGAAAGAAAUGCGGCCAAAUCAGAACAUUUGAGUGAGAGCCAGAGUCUUAACUCGAACAGAACUGUCAAUCCAAAAAACUGAUUACCAGGCUCUGCGUUGACACAAAUAUGGUGAAGAUCUUUAUUGGAAACCUCCCUAACGAGGUCGAGAAGGAUGAGAUCGAGGCUCUGUUUACUCAACAUGGCGCAGUGACAGAAUGUGCGAAGUUCAAAAACUAUGCCUUCGUCCACAUGGAUGACCGUAAGUCUGCCACCAAAGCCAUCCGCAGCCUGCACCUCUUAAAGCUUCACGGCAGGCCAAUCAAUGUGGAGCCAAGCAGGGGAAAGAACCAGGGUCCGGUGAAACUUCACGUGACUAACGUGGAGAAAGGCGAUGAAGAUGCAAUCCGCACCUUGUUUGAGGAGUAUGGCAUAGUUACAGAAUGUGCUGUUGUCAAAAACUUUGCUUUUGUCCACAUGUCCAACUCCGAUGAGGCCAUGGAUGCCAUAGAGGGAUUAGACAACUCUGAAUACCAAGGCAGACAUCUUCACGUUCAGAUAUCAAAAAGACGUCCCAGACGGGAGGAAGAGGAUUACGGCCCCCCACCAAAUAGUGGUGCAUACUGGCCAGCACCUCAUGGCUACCCUGCAGACAGGGGGCAGCCGGAACCCCCUCAUUACAGAGGUCGCAUGUCAGGGGGGUACCCUGGCCUCCCUUCACCCCCUUCCCCUAGACGAGCCCCAUACCCCCCAGAGCGUGCUUAUGAGUGCGAGAGGGAAAGCUACGCGGUGGUGGAUUACUAUGAGAAGUACAGAGCUCGCCCUGCCCCUUACGGUGGCUUCUCAGGCUAUGGAGAUGAGAGACGCGUUGGCUCCAUACCCCCACCACCACCCCCUUCUGCCAUGGUUAGGGCGCGCCUUGCGGCCUCUCUCGACCGGUAUGAGCGUCACCUCCCCCCACCUCUGUCCUCCUCCUACGCCCGUGACCGCAGUCCCAUCAGGAGACCCUCUCCUCCCUCCAUGCCCCGCAUGGGUAACGGCUACUCUUAUGAGUGCUUCCGGCUCUCUCCUCUGUCCAGGCCUGCAAUGUACAACCUAUCACGUACCAGGGACCCCUACGCUGACAGGGUCCCUCCACUGCCUCCUGCACGCUACUCUUACUGAACGCACACUGGUAUUUGACUGAAGGUUUAAAUUAUCCGCCAAGAUCGUCGUUGUCUCCUGAUGCAUGUGGCGCUAUACCCCCUUUCGCCUGUGGCGGAUUGCGUUGCGUUCACCUGCGACUUACUGGAAGACACUAUUGCUUGCGGUCACUCCAUACUUUAAAAAAAACGCUUUAUGUCUUCGGUUUCGUCCUCUUGCUUGAAUUUAACUUUUUUUUUUUUCUGCUUGAUUUUGUUUGACAUUUAACUUUUUGGGGCAUAGGAGGAAGGCAGUUACUAUUAUUUAUUUUUUUGCAUUUCUUAGGUGUUAGUCUAUUUUAUUUGAUGCCCUACAGCUAAGGGCUCUGUAUAGGCCUAAUUCUUUCCUUCAUAGUGUAAUGUUAAUGGAUGAACCUAAACUGUGACAUUUAUGAAUGGAAUAUUUGAAUAAUAGUUAAAGCAAUUUAUGUAAUUUUGGUAAACCUGAAUGUUGCGAAGUUUGUCGAUGUCUUUCAGAUACUUAAAGCUGUAUCUAGCUACAGUUUGAGAAAUAAACCACACAAUAACGUGUUAAGUAUAACUUCGCUUUAAUUGGUUUGGUCUUGGCUGUGGGUGGUACUUACCGGUAUUCAAGACGUUUUGCGACGCAACUGUCGGCAUAGUGAUUUAACUUAACUACCAAUGUAGAUUUGAUUUGUUAGACAUUUUUUGCUAAAUGAUAUGCCGAUUUUUAUACCAAGAUACCCCAAAGCUGCGUUUAUGUAUCAUUUUCUUUUCUUUACAGAUGACAUUUUGAUUUCAGAGCAUUUAAAUAAACUGAUUUGAACUAUAUCGCACUUUGAACUUUCCCCAUCUUUCCUCGUUAUUGUAGACCCUUCAUGACAAUACUCUUUGUAGUCAGGGGAAGCCAAUAUGCAUCAGCACUAAAUUAAUCUAUGCCAUUUCAGUCCAUUCUACUGAAAAUACGUUUUAGUGUUUAGUUAUUUUCAAAGUAGUGGGGGAAAUUACCUACUUUAUACAUUUGCCAUCGCAAAGUUCAAAAUGUAGUCUCUUGUGAUCUCUGAAAGCGCUUAAUUGCUCAAUGACGCUUCCCAUCUCUCAACCACUAGAUGCCCUACCAUGUUCUUCACCGUCACUCUCUUAAAUAUAUUUAAUGUUUUGGCUUUUGCUCUUGCAUUUAUGACAAUAUUAGCCCUGGUGUUCUUAGCACCUGCUUUUUGUAGGUUGUUAGAACCAUGAUCUGUGGAUAGGUGUUGUGGACAUACUGUACUGUAGGAGACUGCUGUUCUGAGGUAAGUAAGCCUGGGUGUCUUAUACUGUCCAAUGAGGAUAUGUGGAGGUAAUGUUACAUUAAUUGAUCAUUUAUACAGAAGUAUUUGUAAGAUGCUCUGGAUAAGAGCGUCUGCUAAAUGACUUAAAUGUAAAUGUAAGUAUCAUUUAUCAAAUGUAACAGUGGAUUACAUGUUUUAAGAACAUUCUGCCAAUCCUCCUCCCCUACUUUAAAUCCCAUUUGACAUACUUUGCCCAUGCUUAGUAUCUUAUUUUUGUAUCCUUUUCAAUCCAACUGAUCCCAGUCUUGUUUCUCCCGUCCUCUAGGCCUCGUGUUCUUUCCUUGCACAAGAGGUUGGUACUGAAGUGGAAUUCUGCUCAAAGGUUUUGCUAUGUACACGUCCUCAAUGUGAGCACAGAAGAGGGGAUCCCGGGUGCGGCCCUUCAGUCUGGGGUGGUUCAGAGACGUCUAGAGAAAUUACAAGGUUUCUCCAUUGUCCUGGGCCAAGAGGUCAUCAUAGAAACAUGUCGCCAGGACUGUCCGACCUCUCGUCUGCAUGACUAUGAUGAUAUUCCCACUCCACGGAUCCUCCAUCAGUCACUCCUGAAGCCUGUUGACAUCACAGCCUCCUUGCUGUGCUGCUGUGUCCCUCUGUUUCUGUGUACAGCCCUGUAUACUGGGAACGAGAUGCACUGCCUCUAACCCAGCUGGACCCUCUCCAGAAGAACAGCUCCCACUCUCUGGAUAUCUCAUAUGGGAGAAACGGCUACCUCAUCCACCAGGCCUCUCUGUCCGACUCUGGAGUCUACCGCUGUUUCCAGGAGGGGCGGCUGAGAGGGGGUUACUUCCUGCAGGUAGAUGAGCACAAACGCAUUCAGGUCCAGGCCCAAGUCGUGCUGGGCCAUACUGGCUUCAGAGCUCGUUGCCCUGUCUCUCUUCUCCUUCUAUGCCUUAAUAGUUCUAUUUCUGGUUAAAUUUGCCAGGCAAGAGUGGAAGAGGAGUUGAUAGUCACCUAGGGAUAGGGGACCUCGCCAAUGUCUUCACCAACUACAAGUCCUUUCAUUUGAAGUUACUAUGGCCUAUUGUGAUUCAGCUAGGCACACAAUGAAUAAAUAUGAUUGUGAGAAGA